CUGCAAACGUCUGCCGAGGGGGGGCAAAAUAGGAAAGGGGGGCCAGCAGGUGUUGUGGAAGUUAACGCUGGGCAGAAAGAGCAGGCGUCCGGCUGAUCCUGCCGCGUUUCUAGCACCCAACAGUAUACGUCUGCUCCUCCUCAUCUUCUUCAUCGUCAUCCUCUCGUGGCCCAGCGUGGCAAGUCAAGCGAAGAUGGGCCGCAGGCUGGACUUGUCCGGCCUGACGGACGACGAGGCUGAACAUGUCCUGAAAGUUGUCCAACGGGACAUGAAGCUGAGAAAGAAGGAAGAGGAUCGGCUGAGCGAGAUGAAGCAGGAGCUGGCGGAGGAAGGCAGCAGAUGCUCCAUCCUCUCCAAGCAGCACCAUUUCAACGAGCACUGCUGCAUCCGCUGCUGCGUGCCCUUCACCUUCCUGCUCAACCCCAAACGCGAGUGCCUGGACUGCCAGUACAACGUGUGCAAGACCUGCUGCACGUACAACAAGAAGGACAAAGCCUGGCUGUGCUCGGCGUGCCAGAAGGGCAGAAUUUUGAGGACACAGUCCCUGGAGUGGUAUUACAGCAAUGUGAAGAGACGCUUCAAGAGGUUCGGCAGCGCCAAGGUUUUGAAGACUUUAUAUCGGAAGCACAUUAUCGAGAGAGGAGCACUAUCUGAUCUCCCAGAGAGCAGCGUCCACGACGGCAGCUUUGGCAAUGACAACGAUGGCAGCAUUUGCGGCAGUGACUCCGUCUUUUACAAACAGAGUGAAGGACACAGUAUGGCUGAGACGCUCACGGUCGCCUUGCGUGUCGCUGAAGAAGCCAUAGAGGAAGCCAUCGCCAAGGCGGAGGAGUUCAGUGACAGUUUGGAGAAGCAGAAUGAGGCUCGGUAUCUGCGGGACCACAAAGAAGAGCUCAUAGAGGAACUUGCUACAACCAUUGUGCAAAAGAUCAUCCAAAGGAGGAAGCGCUCGGAGAUGCAAACAGAGUAUGACUUUGUCUGGCCUCCGCCUCAGUCCUUGACUCAGACCAGUGAUCAAGUCUCACCCUCGCGAGCUCAAACAUCUUCACAAGGAUCUUCGGAACGCCUCAAAACAUCCUUCACCCUCUCGCGCUCACGCUCAGCCUUCUCCCUCACCAGUGACGACUCUCCCGAAAAAGUUCCUCAGGACGAAGUUGUCGGCACGGCCGGCAGCCGCCAGGAGUAUUCUUCUCUGAAGAGAGAAGCCAAAGCCGCAUCGCUGCCCACCUGGAAGAGUGUGGACCGACUAGACAAUUCAAGUGCAUCAUCAGUCCUCCAAAGUCCAGACGGCAACUGGCUUGCUCUCCACAGCUCUCAACUCUCUCGUCCCAGCCUUCUCACCAAGAGGAAAAGCCUGGUGUUCAGCGUCUUGGAAAAGGAGUCCGGCGUUGUCUCGGCCUACGACGAGAUGGGUUCCGACUCCGAGGAGGACGACCAAGGCAGCUGGGGCACGGCGUUGCAACAGUUCCACCGCAAGUUAUCCGACGAGACUUACUACACGGACUCGCAGCACGACCCCGAGUGGACGUAUACGCAGCACCUCCCCGUGACCUCACCUUCCUCUGGCCAGUAUACCAACACGGAGACUCUCAAUUCCGACUCAGAGGCUUCAUCGGCGCGCUCGUCCUGUCCUUGGAAACCACCUCAAAACCCGCAUAGGAAAAAAGGACCUUCAGACACCCACCUUCACCCUUACCACCAACCGAUGUACCACCCACACCUUCACCAAAACCUCUCUCCGUACCCGCUUCUCUCAGGGGCUCUGGAUGUGAACUUUAACCCCAAGGUGAUGGGGGACAGCAGCGAGGCAGACGAAAGGCAAAACGACCAAGUGAAAAGGUCACGGCGGCGGCGCAAAAGCAAGAGAGAUUCGUUAAACGAGAGCAGGGCCGAGAGCCGGAAUAACUCGCAGUCCAUUCAGGAGAACAGUGGUUUUCUUCUCCAUGAUAUACUGAAGAGAAGCUUAAGCGAGGAUAAGACUGUAACUGACACAGUGUCAAUGAGCACAGCAGCACCAGAUGCCUUCACAUUAGAUGCCAUCAUACCCGAUUCCCAAGACUUUGACAAAGCUGCUUCAAAUUCUGUAGGCCCGAGCAGCCCUCUUUCGCCCCACUCUCUGGUCCCCGGAGCCCACCACGUCGGUGCCGGACCUGUAUCUGGCCCUGCCGACCCGCUGGAGGAAGAAAUACGGUCCAGGAUCAGUCAGCUGGUCAGGAGCCGCACUACCAGCAGAGAGAGCAGCUCGUCAGAGGAGGAGUGGCCCGCGCUCAAACACAUGGAAAAUGAAAGUGGCAGAGCCAAGCCAAAAGACACGGAAACGGAGAAGCAAAGGUCAAGUGUCAGACUAAGAGAAAAAGCAAGUGACCAAACCAGUCAAGUGAACGGUGAAGCGAUGACAGGAAGUGAGAGGUUGAUAAAAAGUCCACCGCUGAGCGCGGAAGGACGAGUGAAGGAGACCAGGAUCGAGAAGCGAGCGGGGAGUUCGGAGGAGGCCGGAGAUGACAAGGAGCAGAAGCGAGGAGAGAGAAGAAAAAACAAAAGACAGCAUAGGCGAGAUUUGGAGAAGGAGAUGACGGAAUGGAAGAAUGCCUGCAGUGCUGCCAGCAGCCCUGCUGUUACGCCAUCUUACCAGGAGGCGGCGCUGUCUGACAACCAGCAGAAGUAUUCAGCGGCAUCCCUCUGCAGCAUCACCACAGAGGUGUUGAAGGUUUUGAACGCCACCGAGGAACUGAUCAGCGAGGCGGGAAGGGACGGCUGCUCGCCCUCGGAACCUCAGAGCGCGACCGCCAUCUCCAGCAGCUCUGAGACCCGCAAACUGGACCAGAGGCUUACCAAGAUGGAGGAGAAUGUUUACCUGGCUGCUGGUGCUGUUUAUGGCCUAGAGGGGGCGCUGGGUGACUUGGAGCAGUGUGCCCGCAAUAUCAGUAGUGGGACCACAGAUACAGAACUGGCUUUCCUGGAAGACCAAGUGGCUACUGCUGCUGCUCAAGUCCAACAAUCUGAAAUGCAGAUAUCCAACAUUGAGGCCAGGAUAUCGGCUCUUAAAACUGCAGGGUUAAAUGUUACCGUGUGCAAUCAUUUCUCCAAGUUCAAGCCAACAACAAAGCCACAAACCUUGGACUCAUCACGCCAUCAGAGGAGAAAGCUGCCAGCCCCUCCACUAAAAGAUAGAGCAGAGCCAGACGAGUCGAUGGAAGUCUUUCGGCCAUAGUGUUGAUGAGGAGCAGCAGCACAAGUCCCCUCAGGGCCACACACCAAAGUCCUGUGGACGAGAGCCCCCCCCCCCCCUCCUUCCCGACUCAUGCAGUGCCUUGACCCAGAGUCCACCUCCAGCUCCACACCAAACCUCCACCUGCCCUGUUGGGCCCCACAAAACACUCAACCCUUAUCACGCCAUGCAUACAGCAAAGAUGACUGGAGAGUCUCUGCCUUAAAACAUCUCAAAAACAAUAUCCAACUUUAAUUUCCACCGUGGUUAGGAUGUACAGUGCAGUCAUGGACUCGUAAUUAUGAGAUGUUUCGCCACAGCUUGGACUCCAAUGUCACGAGGGUUCCAACCUUCCAGAUUUCAUGAAUGAUUGUCCAUUUGCACAUGAUGUUCCAUUAAGAGGGGAUUAUUGUCAUUUCAAGAUCAGUCUGGACUGCUGGGAAGUAAAAAAAUAUCCAAAACAUUUUUACAGUGUUCCAUCACUAUUCGUAGGCAAUGAAGACUGAGCCCCGCCACGGAAAAAUAUGUAUUUAAAGUGAAGCCUGACUGAAGCUCCUCCCCUCCCUUCAACACUGUUCAGAUGCACCAAAAAAAUACUUUCAACUUAAGCUGGGCAUUGGCCUGGGUGCAAAACAGCGAAUAGGUGAAUUUCUAAGGAAUUUAAAAAAUAAUAAUAAUAAUUAUUGGUAAUUCAUAAAUAUGAGGGUGAUAUUGUAGUUUGCGUUCAUGAAGGGCAGCAUAAUUGUGUGCACAUUUCAGUUUGAAACGAAUUUGCUCUUACCUUGCUUCAGAUGUUGGAAAUUUUGGACUUUUCAGUGUUAACGGGGUGAGCGUUCUUUUUCUGCCAUAAAAAAAACAAAAAAAACCAGGUUGGUUUAUGUCCAUUUUUAAAAUCAUACAGCUAAGCAUGAGGUCCAAGUCUAUUCACGUAAUAUCUCUUAACACCACAUUUUCUCAUAUGACUUUCUAUUAGAAUGCAAAUAAGCGGAAAAAAACGUUUUUACCAAAAUGUUCGAAAUGAAUUCAACAGUAGCCGUAAUAGAGAUGAUUCAAAUGAGAAUUGAUUACGAAAGGCAAACUCUAUCAUGUGAAUGAAAGCAAAACUAAACCAACCGUGUGCCAUUCAGUUUUAAAGUGAAAAUGAACGAGCCAUUCAUUUAUUGCAGUAUUCUCUUCUUCUGCUCUCAUUUUCUCUCUUACUUUCCAACAUAGCGGCCUUUUGUUUGAGCAACGGAUCUUUCCCUGUCCAAACUUUUCUCUCACAUAGAAGAUAUUAAAUAGCUGGUUUUGUCCGUGUCAUGAAACCACAGUUUUUUUGUUCAAAGCAAUUUAUUUUUGUACUAACGGAACAUUUUUUAAUGCACAUUAUCACAAAAGCUUUAUUUUAUCCUCAGCGGUUCCUGUGAGACAUGACUAAGUGCUUUCUGUGUAUGUCUGCAUUUAAAAUUCGAAUGGCAACAUUAUAAAGGAGAUAAGGCUAUGAUGAUUCUUAUUAAAUGUGAGAAUACUGCUUAAUUUUUAUUUUUUCUAAUUUCUCCUCUCAUCCAUUAGCAGUUCACGUGAGCUUGAUUAUCUGACUGGCUGGUGGAAACUCAAAAAAAA